AUGGCAGUCACUACUAGCAGAGGAAAACAGAUCAUUGACCCACCCAUGUCGUCUGAGGUUGAAGAAGUGAUAGAGAAAGAUGAGAUUGAGGUUACUAAAGUGCCGAAAGAUGAUAUUGCAAAGGAAGCUGAGGUGACCCAAAAAGUUGUUUCCAUGCCUAGACCUUCACAUUCAUUCCCACAAAGUGCUAUCGCUACUAGGUCACUUGUGCAAAGGAAAGAGGAUCUUGGAGCUUUCACUAUUCCCUUUACCAUUGGGAUGUUACACUUUGCGAAAGUUUUGUGCGAUUUGGGUGCCAGCAUUAAUUUGAUGCCAUUGUCUAUCUACAAGAAGUUGGGUUUAGGGGAUCCAAAACCGACUGCGAUGCAUCUGCUCAUGGCCGAUAUAACUUUGAAGAAGCCCAUUAGUGUUCUCCAAGAUGUCCUUGUGAAAGUGGAGUCGCUCAUCUUUCCUGCAGAUUUUGUGAUACUUGAUUGUGAGGUUGACUUUAAGGUACCCAUCAUCCUGAGGAGACCAUUCCUUGCUAAUGGGUGUGCCUUAGUCGAUAUGGAGAAUGGGUAG